UCGACGCGAACGCGACAACUGGCGGGAAAAACAGUAAAGCCAAUAAGGAUAACAUAUAGAACACGAUAAAAUAUAGAGCACUUAGCUCCCUCGCGUUAUGUCUACGGCCUUCCUCGUGGACAGUCUCCUGCACGCCCAGCAGACCUACACGGAGAGCCAGCUGAAGUCCAGCCUGAGCGAGAUGCUCCUCUCGCGUCGUUCGGGAUCGGAUCCUGUAGAUCCUUCAACGGAUGCCUCCGAAACUGGCUGCAGUUGCUCCAAGUUGCGCGGCUACAAGUGUGAUAAGUGCCGCGAAAUCCGUGCCGAGAGUGUGAACAGCAUCGAGGAGAUGGACGAGCUGGACGAUGGCUCCUCCUCGGCGGACGAGAUCGUCGCCGAUAUCGGCAGUGUGGAGGGCGAGGAGCCGCACAUGGACAUGGACGAGGACCUGGAGGACGAGAUGGCCGAGGUAGACGAGCCGGUGGCAAUCAAAUUGCCUAAAGUAGAGCCCAAGGACUCCAGCAUCCCGACGGUGGGCAAUACCAUCCUCAAGGAUACCAACAGCAAGCCCAUUCUCAAGUUCAGUGUCAGUGCGAUUUUGGGGGAUACCCGGGAAGGAGUCCGGGUCAGAAAUGAAUUCAUGCAACCGCAGCAUAUAUGGCCUUAUCUACAGCAAAACUUCAUGCAGCAGCACUCGCAUCAAUAUCAGCCACACCAUCAGCAGCAUCCCCACCAGCAACACCAACAGUUGCCAGUGCCAGGACAUCCUCAUCCUCAUCCGCAUCCACAUCCACAUCCGCAUCAUCAUCACCAUCACCAUGGGGGGGCGGGGCACGCCCACUUUCCGCAUCCCGCAUUUCUAACGCAUCAACUGCCGCCGCAUCAGCAGCAGCAGCAGCAGCAGCAUGCACAACAGCAACAUGUACAGCAGCAACACCAGCAACAUCAGCAGCAUCCCGGCAAUAGUUGUCAACCGCAAACCGCAUCCUCGUCGUCGUCACCUGGCAGCACAAUUAGUGAUAGCGACAACAAUCACGGCGGCUCCAAUGCCACUGCCAAUGGCAAUUCUGGCCAGGAUGGUCGACCGCACGAGAUGGGGAAUCCCACCAACGACGAGGACACCGCCAGUCGAAGAUUAACGCAAGACAAGCAGCUGCUGGGCGCCGGAGGAGGAGGAGGGGGGAGUGGAGGAGGUGGUGGCCAUGGCCAUCCGACGCCGCCGCCACCGCCUCCUCCGCCGGUGAUUGCCAAGCCCAUGCCCAGCCGCCCCACGCCCUUCCUGCCGCACACCCUCAACCACCCGCACCUCCAUUCGCUGCUGGCGCACUGCCGCAAUCCCUACAUGAGUGUUGGCGCCCAAGUGUUUCCCCUGCCCCCUGGACAGGGAUUCCCCUGGGCCCAUUCGACACGUGGCAAGCCUCGUCGUGGGAUGAUGCGACGUGCCGUCUUCUCAGACUCACAAAGAAAGGGACUGGAGAAGCGGUUCCAGCAGCAGAAGUACAUCAGCAAGCCGGAUCGCAAGAAACUGGCCGAGAGAUUGGGAUUGAAGGACUCUCAGGUGAAAAUAUGGUUUCAGAACCGGCGGAUGAAGUGGCGGAACUCCAAGGAGCGGGAGCUCCUCGCCAGCGGUGGUUCCCGUGACCAGACGCUGCCCAACAAGAACAACCCCAAUCCGGACUUGAGCGAUGCCAAGUGCGAUCGUCCCCUGACGCCUCUUUCACCCUCCCUGCUGUCCCCCAAUGGCAGUGCCACGCCCCCUCCCGGAGCGGUGGCCAAGGAUGAACCGCCCGCAGCGCCAGUCACUCCCAAGUCACCGCAAUCCGCCAGCAGCAGAAGUUCUCCUUCGAUUGGCUAUGGCCUGCAGAUCAGCUCACCGCCUCCACUCCUCACCAGCCUCAAAAUGGGCGAUCAAUCGGCGGCGGCCACGCCCACUCAGGGGCAAGGCGGCACCACGGUUUCAUCCGCCGCCUCCUCGCCACCCGGAGUCACUGCCUCCAGUGCCGCCGAGUUCCAGGCCAAGAUCAAUGCCGAGAUGCAGAAGCAACUGGUUGCCGCCGAUCUCAAGUUCAAGCUGGAAAACAGCAUCCAGGAGGCCAAACAGCGGCGGUUCGAGCAACUGCAGCAGCAGCUGCAUCAUUCCCCGCAUUUCAGUGCCAUGAGGGAGGUGGAACUGGCCGCCGCCGCUGCAGCUGCGCAACUGCAUCACCAUCACCAGCAGCAACAGCAGCAGCAGCAACAGCAACAGCAACAUCAACAGCAGCAACAUCAACAGCAGCAACAGAGCUCCGAGUUCAUGAAGCUCUACUAUGAUGACUACGACGACUCCAAUUCCGAUAGUGACGAGGAGAUCAGCGUGACGUGAUUCGUGACUGCACCUGUGACUGCUCCUGUGACUGCGAACAGAACUGCAGCAGGCCGUGUACAUAUAUGUUUUAAUUGUAAAUUUAUUGAUGCAUUCAAAUUAUUGUAUUUAAUAUGUGUAUAAU